ACUUAUGGAUCUUUACCCAGCAGCCACCAACACCUUUCCCUUUCUUGCAAAAUGUUCCUCUUCUCUCAUUUUCUACAACAAAUAUUCUUACCAUUCAUGCUCAUUCCAUUGUGUCUAGAGAAUAACAUCGUCUUUUUGGCUUAAUACAUCAACUUGUUUCUCUUAGAUCAACCGCCCCACUGUGUGUGUGUGCUUACAUUUGUGCAGGAUUGAGAGAGAAGCCACUACAGUAAAAGAAAACCCUAGAAAAAAAAAAGAGAGCAAGAAACAAGUAGAUUGUAACAAGAUCAUAUGGAUCUGUGAGUUGAAAUUAACAUCUAUGGACUCGACAAAUAGCUCGUCAUCUUCAUCUUCUCCGAGCCGGUAUGAGAGCCAGAAGCGUCGCGACUGGGACACAUUUGGGCAGUAUCUAAGAAACAACAAGCCACCACUUUCUUUCACUCACUUCAACCCUAGUCAUGUUCUUGAAUUCCUACACUAUCUUGAUCAGUUUGGAAAGACUAAAAUCCACAUCUUAACAUGCCCUUACUUCGGAGUACCAAACCCACCGACAGCAUGCCCUUGUCCCUUUCGGCAGGCCUGGGGGAGCCUUGACGCGCUUGUUGGACGUCUCCGCGCAGCUUACGAUGAGCAUGGAGGGAACCCGGAGACAAAUCCAUUUGGUGCGCCGGAAGUGAGGAGGUUUUUAAGGGAGGUUCGUGACUUUCAGGCCAAGUCAAGGGGUAUCAGCUAUGAGAAGAAGAGGAAACGACCUAAGCAGCAGCAACAGCAACAGCAAGAAGAUCAACAGGAGCAGGCAUAGCUAGCUAGCUAGCUGGCCUUUUGUUAACGAUCAAGAAGUGAGGAACCCUAAAAAGACAAAAGGUCUGUAAUGUGAACGGUGCAGAUUAAUUUGUUGACACAUAUGUGACUGAAUAUUUGUUCUUCUUUGUUUGGAAAUCACUGUUUAUGUUCUUCAUCUUCAUGAAAAUUGAAUAGGUUAAUUUUCUUAGUAACUAAUAUGUAACUAGCUAUAAGUUGUUUCCAGUAAUAAUCCCUUAUGAAUUGAUUGUGCAAUUUAUAAUAUAAAGAAUCUUUGUACCAA